AUGUUCAAGAAAGAAAUCCCGUCGAGCAAUCGCUCCAAGGUCAAGUCCUCCGUGCAGCGCGGCCUGCGCCAAAAGCUGCUGGAGACCUACCCGGGCUUCGAGCCCUACAUCGAAGAGAUCAUGCCUAAGAAGGCAUCUCUAGAAGCCGUGAAGCUCCCCGAGCGUACAACUCUGUACACAAUAGACUCAACACCACUCUUCUUCCAACCCUUCGACGGCCCGCCCAUCCCGCAUCUCAAACUUGUGCACGCCUUUCCCUCCGCCCUCCCAACCAUCCAGAUCGACCGCGGCGCCAUCCGCUUCGUCCUCUCCGGCGCUGCCCUCAUGGCUCCUGGCCUGACGUCCCCGGGAGGUCGCCUACCGGACGCAGAGCAUGCGCUUGAGGCGGGGAGUAUCGUUGCUGUCAAGGCGGAGGGCAAGGAGGAGGUCUGUCUUGUUGGUAUGCUUAAGCAGGGUACCGAGGAGAUGAAGAGCAAGGGCAAGGGCGUCGUUAUGGAUGAGGGACAUUUCUUGGGUGAUGGUCUUUGGAGGAUGCAGUUGGAUUAG